AUGGUCUCCAAGGUAACCCCCCGAACGCUGAGUAUUCUACUCGGCACCGUUGCAGGCGCCAGCAUGGUAAUUGCUGUUGGGUCAAGAAAGUUCAGUACGAGCGCCCGGCUGGACUCGCCAGCAGCACCACGCAAGAUUUUCAGCGGCGGACUUGCGCUAUGCUCGCUUCCCUUGGAAGAAUCCGAUAUGGUAUCUCACGAUACAAAAAGACUACGAUUUAAACUGGCAGAGUCGAGUGCAGUCAGUGGUUUGCCUCUUACAUCUGCGCUUCUGACCUUUUCCUGGCCUGCCGGUCAUUGGUUCCCCGUUAUUCGCCCUUACACACCCAUCAGUCGCUCCGAUACACCAGGGAUUGUAGAACUUCUGAUCAAGCGAUAUCCCCAAGGCAAAGCGAGUACACACAUCCAUUCUCUCUCGCCCGGUCAAUCCCUUUUCUUCCUCGCCACGCUCAAAGGGCCUCAAUGGAAAGCAAACGCCGUCCCUCACGUCCUGCUCAUCGCAGGCGGUGCAGGAAUUACUCCCUGCUAUCAGCUGGCACAGGGAAUUCUGGAGAAUCGCAAUGAUCAAACCGCGGUCACGCUCGUGUAUGGUGCAAACAGUGACCGAGACGUGCUUUUAAAGGCGGAGAUGACAGCCUGGGAAGAAAGAUUCCCAGGAAGGUUCAAAGCUGUUCAUGCUGUGAGCCAUCCGGAAGAGGGCUCCAAGUACGAGAAGGGAUAUGUCACAGGCGAUUUACUAAAGAGGGCUUUGCCGAAUGGUAAGCAGCAUGAGACUAGGGUUUUUGUUUGCGGCCCGCCGGCCAUGGAGAAAAGUUUGGUCGGUGACCGCUCAUCUCGUGGCAUAUUACAAGAAGUUGGGUUCUCGAAAGAUCAGAUAAACACUUUUUAG